AUGAUAACUGGUAAUCCUGGUCUAAUUAAUUAUUAUACUGAAUUUUUAAGUACCAUACAUAACGAACGUAAUAAAAAUAUUGAUAUUAUUGGAGUAUCAAAUUUAGGGCAUUUUCAUGGACCUCAUAAUUCUAAAUUAGAAGGUCUUUAUUCUUUACAAGAUCAAAUCAAUCAUAAAAUUCAAUGUUUUGAUAAAUUACAUGAAAAAUUUUCUAACAAUGGUAAAAAUAAUUCCAAGGUUAAAUUUGUUUUAUGUGGUCAUUCUAUUGGCGCGCAUAUUUGUUCUCAGGUUUUAAAGACGCGUCCUAAUAGUAACAUUGAACAUGUAUACGCGUUAUUUCCAACUUUACAACAUAUUCAAAAAACUCCUAAUGGUACAAUGCUUAGUUUUAUUAAAGAAAAUGAGGUUUUUUUUCCAUUAAAAUUUCAACCUUCCCAACAAGCAACACCAGACGGCACACCAUGUCAUGUUCACACUCCAGUUUAUCAAAUUACUGCUGAAAAAGAAUAUUCAUUAUUAGUUACCUUUUUGGAAACAUUAAUAACUAUGGCUUGGGUAAUUAAAAAUAUCACACAUUAA